AUGGUGGUGGUGGUGCCGAUGGUGUUGGUGAUGGUGCUUGUGAUGAUGGUGCUGGCGAUGGUGAUGGUGCUGCUGCUGCUGAUGCCCACGUCUCCCCCAGCACAGGCCCUGAAGCUGGAGAUCGUCAACCUCAACUACGAGACCGUGCGGCUCACGUGGUACCCCAGCGCCAUGUCCGCGGCCAACCUGACCGUCUUCUUCUCAUACGGCCGCCAGGAGCCGCAGGACCCCUGUCCCCGGUACGUCCUCCAGGAGCACCUCAGGGUGGGGUGCGAGCUGCCGGCCGACGGGGACCGGAUGCUCUUCCUCGCCCUGUGGAACGGGUCGGAGCGCGUCCUCACCCGGAGGGUGCUCGUCGGCUCCUACUGGGUCACCGUCUCUCUCUCCCGCCCAGUGAAGCCCCCCGCCCCGGGGGGCCUGCGGUUCCGCUGGCGUGAGGACGCGGUGAUGGUCACGUGCUCCGACCUGCCCUACGAGGGGCUCAGCUACGAGGUGCAGCUCAGGGGCACCCACGACAAAGAGUGGCAGGUGAGGGAGGAGGACACCUGUAAUGUCACCAUCGUCGGCGUGGACGCGGAGAAGUGCUACUCCUUCCGGGUCAGAGCCAAGCCGCUGCCAUACGCCUAUCAGGACACUGCCCAGCCCAGCGAGUGGUCAGCGGUCACGCUCCAGCAGGGUGGGCAGCUCACUGAUGCCUGCUCCGAGGAAGACCCCCCGGUCCCGUUCCCCAAGUUUAUGCUGAUUUCCUGCCUGGUGGCCCUGCUCACGGUGCUCCUGCUCGCCCUGUUUCUGUGGAAGCUCCGCAGGGUGCAGAAGCUCCUCAUCCCCAGUGUGCCCGACCCCAAGUCCAGCUUCCCGGGGCUGUUUGAGUCCCACCGCGGGGACUUCCAGGAAUGGAUCCAGGAUACCCAGAACGUGGUUCCCUGGCACAAGAUGGACACCGGGGAGCAGGACGGUGGCCCCGAGGACGCCCUGGUGGUCCAGCUCAGCAAGGACGAGGCCCAGAGACCCGCAAUGACCGCCCGUCCCUCGAGCCUGCAGACGGGGGUGCUCGCAGCCAGUGGGGGCCCUCAGCCCGCCCCGGGCGGGGAGCUGGUCUGUUUGGGGGACGUCACCUUCGUGAUGGACAACAACGCGUACAUGAUGCUCUGA